CAACUGAUCCCCGCUGCAAUCCAAAUUCACGAAACCUCCCUCCCAUAUGCAAACACCCCAAAAUAUUUUAGAGCGAGAAAAUUAAAAAGGCCAGAGGUUAUAGAGAGAGAAAGAGGUCUCUCGAAUCACCACCUGGCGAUCCGAGUUUCGAAAUCCAGUGACUCGCGGAUACAGGCGGCUUUUUCUGUGCUCGCCACGCAUCUACGCACCUGUGCCCGUUCGGCAUUUUUUGAUUCCCUCAAUCUUCGCUUCUUACUCUUCUGUCAGUCAAGUUUGCACUUUCUAUAACGGGGAUGUCAACCCGCUAGAUUUCCGAUCCUUGUUGUCAGUGUCUGAGCCGAAAGUUGGAACUGCUCCGUUUGGGAAGCCUUUGAGUGCGGAUUUGAUCAGUUUGAAGGCGACGAAUUUUUGGUUUUUUGAAUCUCUUGAAGGUGAAUUCAGUGAAUAGAGAAGGUUUUGAUUGAAUUGAACAAUAAGAUCUUGGACAAGUAAGUGGUGGGUGGUGGGGUCUUUUCAUCGGCGAUGGUUGCUAUUUGGCUUCACUGCCCCGCUUCCAUUGCCGUUUUUCCGUCUGGAGGACAUUGAGGGGGCUUGUUUAUUUGGUUCAAUAGCAUCAGAUAAAUAUCACGACGGCCCCAUCUUCCUUGUGCUUUGUGAUCUUUCAGUGAUCGGAGGUUUCCAAGGUUCUUGGUUCGGUAUUAGAUUUGCUGUUCGUCAACAUGGUGACCACUAAUCUCUUUCACUGUAGAAAGAAUUCGUGGCCACCUGAAGAGUAUAUCAGUAAAUUUACUUUACAGCUGCUUGAUUUUGAUAGUGCUGCCCCACCCGAACAAGCAUGGAGGAGAAGAUUGAACAGCCAUGCCAAUAUCCUUAAAGAAUUUAGUGUGACUUUCAUGGAAGCAAUAAAGAUGGUUCGACUAGGCAUACGGAUAUGGUCAUAUGUCAGGGAAGAGGCUUCUCAUGGAAGGAAAGCACCUAUAGAUCCUUUUACUCGAGAAAGUUGCAAGCCAUCUGCAUCUCAAGGAGUUCCACUUGGAGGGAUGGGGAGUGGCAGCAUAUCAAGAGGAUUCAGGGGUGAGUUUCGACAAUGGCAAAUUUUACCUGGCUUAUGUGAAGCUUCACCUGUCAUGGCUAAUCAGUUUUCUAUUUUUAUCAGUAGAGAUGGAGGAAACAAAAAAUUUGCAUCCGUUUUGGCUCCUGGUCAGCAUGAAGGGUUAGGGUCUCGCAAGAAAGGUGAUGAUCACGGUAUACCAUCGUGGGGCUGGAAUCUCAGUGGCCAGCAUUCAACUUAUCACGCUCUCUUCCCAAGAGCUUGGACAAUAUAUGAUGGUGAGCCAGACCCGGAACUUAAAAUUUCUUGUCGUCAGAUAUCCCCUUUCAUACCACAUAAUUAUAAAGAAAGUAGUCUUCCUGCUGCGGUGUUUGUUUAUACGUUGGUAAACACUGGCAAGGAGAGAGCUAAAGUCAGCCUUCUAUUUACAUGGGCGAAUUCAAUUGGUGGAGUCUCGCAUUUGUCAGGAGAUCAUGUGAAUGAACCAUUCAUAGCUGAAGAUGGAGUUUCUGGCGUACUUCUACAUCACAAGACAGCAAAGCGAAAUCCUCCUGUUACGUUUGCCAUAGCUGCUUGUGAAACACAGAAUGUAAGCGUUUCUGUGUUACCAUGUUUUGGGCUGUCUGAAGGAGGUAUCCCCACAGCAAAAGAUAUGUGGGGUAAAAUGGUGCAGGAUGGACAAUUUGACCGGGAGAAUUUUAAUGCUGGACCUAGCAUGCCUUCAUCACCAGGAGAGACGCUUUGUGCUGCUGUCUCAGCUUCUGCAUGGGUGGAACCUCAUGGAAAGUGCACUGUGGCGUUUGCUCUUGCAUGGUCAUCACCAAAAGUGAAGUUUGUGAAAGGAAGCACUUUCAACAGGAGAUACACGAAAUUCUAUGGUACUUCUGAGAAAGCUGCGGCAAACGUGGUGCAUGAUGCCCUAACAAAUUACAAACGGUGGGAAGAAGAGAUUGAGAAAUGGCAGAGUCCGGUACUUGAGGAUGAAAAGCUUCCGGAAUGGUACAAGUUCACAUUGUUUAAUGAACUCUACUUUCUGGUUGCUGGUGGAACAAUUUGGAUUGAUUCUUCUUUGCGAUCUGCUUGUUUGAAAACAGAACCAUAUCAAGUAACAGAGUUGGAAAAUGCAAAUGUGACAGUAACUGAAGCUAGAGUGAACAGACAAGGUGCAGUUGUUGAGUGCAAAACAGAUGGUGCCGAAGAUGCUACUGCUACGGCAGAACAAAAUCACCAGGAUGAAACACAUUGUGAGGAUGGUUCAGAUGACAAUGAGUCUGUGGCUCCUCCCAGAAGGGAAAAUCCCACUGGCACUCUGCAGACUUUAACGAUGAUGGGCCAGCAAUAUGGUGACAAUGAUGAUGUGGGCAGGUUCUUGUACCUGGAAGGUGUGGAAUAUAUCAUGUGGUGCACAUAUGAUGUACACUUCUAUGCUUCAUUUGCUCUUCUUGAGCUCUUUCCUAAGAUUGAGCUGAAUAUUCAACGUGAGUUUGCUAAGGCUGUCCUGUGUGAAGAUGGAAGGAAAGUGAAGUAUUUAGCUGAGGGAAAUUGGGGAAUUCGUAAAGUUAGAGGAGCUGUGCCUCAUGAUCUGGGGACACAUGAUCCAUGGAAUGAAAUGAAUGCAUAUAAUAUCCAUGAUACCAGUAAAUGGAAAGAUUUGAACCCAAAAUUUGUACUUCAAGUGUAUCGAGAUUUUGCUAAAACUGGCGAUAUGUCAUUUGGAGUUGAUGUAUGGCCUGCUGUUCGAACUGCAAUGGAGUACAUGGAUCAAUUUGAUAAGGAUGGUGAUGGUCUUAUUGAAAACGAUGGGUUCCCUGAUCAAACAUAUGAUACGUGGACAGUUCAUGGGGUGAGUGCAUAUUGUGGUUGUCUUUGGCUUGCUGCUCUCCAGGCUGCAGCUGCAAUGGCUCUUCAACUCGGUGACAGAGAUUUUGCUGAGACAUGCAAAAGGAAAUUUUUGAAGGCUAAACCUGCAUUUGAAGAAAAACUUUGGAAUGGUACUUAUUUCAACUAUGACAGUGGGUCAAGUAGUAAUAGUAAAUCCAUUCAAGCAGAUCAACUGGCUGGGCAAUGGUAUACAGCAUCCUCAGGGCUGUCUCCCCUUUUUGAUGAUUUCAAGAUUAAAAGUGCUCUCAGGAAAAUUUUUGAUUUCAACGUAAUGAAGAUUAAAGGUGGCAGGAUGGGUGCUGUGAAUGGAAUGCAUCCCAAUGGAAAGGUGGAUGAGACCUGCAUGCAGUCUCGAGAAAUAUGGACGGGUGUGACAUAUGGUGUUGCUGCUACAAUGAUCCUUGCAGGUAUGGAGGAGGAGGCCUUCACAGCUGCUGAGGGUAUAUUUAUAGCAGGCUGGUCCGAAGAAGGAUACGGGUAUUGGUUCCAGACACCAGAGGGAUGGACUAUUGAUGGGCACUACCGGUCCCUCAUCUAUAUGAGGCCCCUCGCAAUUUGGGGUAUGCAGUAUGCAUUGACUCUGCCUAAGGCAAUUCUUGAGGCCCCAAGAGUCAACGUCAUGGACAGAAUCCACAUACCGCCUGCUAGUGGAGGAUUCUCUCAUAAUGAAACGACUGUGAGAAAGAUUGCGGCUAAAUCUGGCUGCUUUGGAAAUUCUGUGUUCCAUUGUGCUUGCUGAUAUUUAACAGUUUUGUACAGGUACGUUUCAUUGAAACAAUUCCCGGUCCAGCCAUGCUGUUAUUCUUUAGUAAUUGAUGGUCAAGGUCUGAGGCAGUGGUCGUUGUGGAAAUGAUGAGUCGUCAUUUUUAUGGCCUUUUAGUUUAAACCAUGUAGGCUUGUCAUUGUAUUUCGGCCGCUUUUUCUUCCUUCAAUUCUUUUCAAGGUAAUUUAAAUCUUAUUUUGUUUCCACCCAAACUUGACUUUCAUUAGCAUUUUUUGUAACGUGUAAACCCAGUAUUUCCCUGUCAGGGGUUCGAAGUGUGUCUAUCGCUUAUUGUCGUUAGCAUAUGAAUAUUAGAAUUCUGCCAAAAUAUUGUCAGGCUAUUGAUGUCUUGAUGGUAUUGGUUGUACCAAUUUAUGUAAAAAGAACAGAAAUCAUAUAACGUAUACUUACGGUUAUUUUGUCCCA